GCAUGAGAUUUCUAGCAACACAUUUGCGUUCACACCCGUCCGGCCGGGGCUUCAUUCAUAACACUGACUAUAAAAAAGUGGUUCAUUUUGAGAAAGACUUUGAAAACAGUCGGUCGCUAAAACUAGUAAAAGGGUUUAGAGAUUGGUGCUUUAGAAGCGGGUACAGACUCUCUGCAGUCGAAAUGUGGUGGUCUCUGCAAAUCCUUGCGCUAUGGACAUUCUCGGGGUGCGUGAGCUCCGUGCAAGUGCCGAAGCGAAAGAACAUUUUGUUUCUCGCUAUCGAUGGACUUCUCUGUUGACGGGACGCCGCCCUGACACUACUCAUGUCUGGCUAAUCGACAAUGAUGAGUACUGGAGGAAUCAGGUCAACGCAACCACCAUUCCACAGUAUUUCAAGGAGAAUGGCUACAUCUCGAUUGGGAUGGGCAAGAUAUUUCAUCCGGGCGCACCGAGUGGCAAUGAUGACGUAGCACACUCCUGGAGUCCCGAAGGCCUGCCAUAUUACCACUCUCCCGUGGAGCAUCAGUAUGGACCGAACAAUCAUACACGUAUGUGGUGGGCGUUUGAAGGGUUUGAGGACAACCAGCUACCGGACGGUCAGAUUGCUGACAAUGCACUCAACGUUCUCGAGCAGUUGAGGACGAAUGAGACCGAGCAUGGAGAGGAACGACCAUUCUUUCUAGCUGUUGGCUUUCACAAACCACAUGUGCCGUUCUAUGCGCCAAAGAAGUACUUCGACAUGUAUCCACCUCAGCCAAAAAUCAGCUUACCCGUGAACCCAAACCCUCCCAGCAAUCUGCCGUACGUUGCUUGGACAACUUGGGCUUCGUUGUUCAACUGGGACGACAUACAGGCUAUGUUCAAGGGCCGAGAGGAUUGCAUCACAAACUACACAAUCGCCUACAAAGAGGAGUGCCGUAUGCCGAACGAUGAUAUACAGGGUAUGCGUAGAGGAUACUAUGCAGCCAUGACAUACACCGAUGCACAAGUCGGGAAAGUGAUGUCGAAGCUGACCGAGCUUGGCUAUGCUGAUGACACUAUUGUUGUGCUGUGGGGUGAUCAUGGCUGGCAACUGGGUGAACAUGGAGAGUUUGGCAAGUUUACGAACUUUGAGGAUGCCACACGAGUUCCGUUUUUGCUGCACGUACCCGGGGUAACGGAGAGCGGUAUGCAUAGCGAUGCACUGGUGGAACUGAUUGACAUCUACCCGACUUUGACGGAUCUUGCCGGAUUGCCGCAGCCUGAAUUGUGUCCUACACAUUCGCAUAACAUCUCCGUGUGUGUGGAGGGAAUCAGUGCAGCACCGUUGUUGAAAGAUCCCAAGCAGCAGUGGAAGAAGGGUGCCUUCUCGCAGUACGCCCGGCCUAACAGUGGAAUUUUCUACAUUCCCGAUCACAAGUACCCGAAUCCACCCAGGGAGUCCGUCAUGGGCUAUUCUAUACGAACUGACAAGUGGCGCUUCACUGAGUGGGUUCGUUUCAAUCGAACGCUGGCCAUCGCAAACUGGACAGAUGUCUGGGGCACCGAACUGUAUGAUCACUCGACUCCAACGACUAAUUUCAAUGAUGAGAAUGUGAACCGUGCGUACGAUAAAGGCACAGAAGGAGUGAUUGCACAGCUCAAGGACAUGUUAGUGGCAGGUUGGAGAGACGCCCUGCCUCCUAACUACUCGGUUGAUGACUAGACUCUAGUGUCUCUGACGGUCUUUUCUACAUGUUCUUUCAAGUGUGCGUGCACGUGUGCGUGCAUGUAUGUGUGUGUGCUUGUGUGUGUGUGUGUGUGUGUUUGUUUGUGUGUGUUUGUGUGUGCAUGUGGUUGAGUGUGUGUAGCCGUGUUUCCCAUUGUGAGCGUGUCUGGUGGUGUGUGGCUGGGUGUGAGUGUGUGGCCAAGCAUGUGUGUAUGUGUCCAUGCUCAUUGUGGGUAUAGGAUUGUGCUAUUUCUCUUGCCCAUCUCUUUCUAUCUAUCUCCGUCUCUCCUUCUCUCUCUCUCUCUCCCUCCUUCUCUCUCUCUCUCUCUCUCUCUCUCUCUCUCUCUCUCUCUCUCUCUCUCUCUCUCUCUCUCUCUCUCUCUCUCUCUCUCUCUCUCUCUCUCUCUCUCUCUCUCUCUCUCUCUCUGUCUCUCUGUCUCUCUCUCUCUCUCUCUCUCUCUCUCUCUCUCUCUCUCUCUCUCUCUCUCUCUCUCUCUCUCUCUCUCUCUCUCUCUCUCUCUCUCUCUCUCUCUCUCUCUCUCUCUCUCUCUCUCUCUCUCUCUCUCUCUCUCUCUCUCUCUCUCUCUCUCUCUCUCCUUCUCACUCUCUAUUGCUAGCGUCUGUGUGUCUACUCGUCAAUGGGGUUUAUGUUGGUCUACUUUAAAUUACUCACCUUUCCCUUAGUCACCAUGUUGCAAACAAGAAAAUUGGCAAACUGGUAUUAAUUCGCUUGGCAGAACAUCCUCAUGUCAUGCUUCUGCUUAGUAAGAUACACCCGGGAAACAGACACAUGCUGCGUGUUCCUUCCGACUCAGUGACCCAAUUACCGGUCAUGCCUGCAGCCCUUAAUGUAUUUGCAACUCACACUUCAGGUUACCAGUAUGCUGCAAAUCCGCAGCCUGCUUGAGUGCAUUGCAAUGCAAGUAGCCAACAUCAAGUGUUCUCAAUCUGCCAACGAUCCCCAGGAAGGCUUGUUGGCGUUGAUAUUUCUGAUGCAGGUGGCGAACCACAGCCAUAUGGAUUGGAAUGGGUAGAAGGCUCAGAAACGAGAGCUAACAAACAAGUCUAAACAGGAAACAUUCGCAACUUCUGUUCUGCAUCUGUCGCCUUGCAAGCUGCGAAACACGCUCUUACUUCGCUUGACUGAACAUUGCACGGAAGCAUGCUGAUUUCAAGUGGUUUGUUUAUGCCGAUCCCACCAAACAUUAUUAUUUUAAUAUCAGUGGAUAUACAGACUGUAUCUAAAUGAAACUCGAACUCCAAAUUUCUAAAUUUGCUGCAGGACGGUAGCUCUACCUUGCGCGGCAAUAUUAAUAGAAACACAGCGCCUUGAAACAUGCGUUAAAUUGUCAACAAAACCUGGUUAAUCAACCACACACUCUCUAUUCUUGUGAACCCUUUAGAGCCUAAAUUAUUUCAAGAGACGCAUGAAAUUCACAAACUCACAUUUUCAUCUGACUGUAAUUUCGAUAUCCUUUGGAGUAUUCCAACAAUCUCGGGCUCUAUGGAAAGCUCUCUCCAAGACAAACACAGCCAUACCCAGUUCGCAAUUGAUAGAGUCGUAGGAGUAACGCCGCAGCGCGAUCUGAGCGCUCCAAUGCCAGACCUGCGAGCGCGGUACUAAAUUCUCAGCCAUUUCAACAAUAUCGAUCGCAGAACGGUCAAUUUUUUUGCAGGAGAGAGCUUCAAAAUGCAGCUUGAAAAUGACGUAUGCCAGUCGUGCACGCGUCGCCAGCGAGUCAGGGAAAAUCCCUUGCUGGCGUUUCAAAUUUUACGCCGCGCGAGCCGACUCGCCCACGCGAAUUUCGUUCGAGUGUCAUAACUCUGCGCCAUGACCUCGGAUCGUCUUCGGGUUUUUUUGAGCCGACAGCUGAGGCUUUUCUGAUACGAUUAGACCUUUCGUUUAAAAAUAGACUGCAACAUUUUUAAUGGUGUUUCUAGUAGGUCUUGGCUGAUAAUGUUCACAAAUUUAGCAGACUCUGCUCGAACAUCAGUUGUGUUGGCCGCAACAUACAAGAGUUUGGCCGGGUUUUUCUGGAAUUUGGCUCCUCUCCGUUACACACAUACCACGAAAGUAUUAAGCCUGCCAGAAAAGGACCAAAAUCUGCCAUAUCUUGGGCCUUCAUUAUCCACCAGGGCGUGCAUGGUUUCAUUCCAUACCGGUUUUGUAUAUGUUUUCACUAAACAAUUAGAUGCAUCUGUAAGCAUAUUUCUUUGGCCGAAUCCAACAAAGACAUGCAUGAGAGGGGGGGGCAUUAUAGCAAAGUGUGGUUUUUGUUUAAAAUGAAAUAUAAUACAGGAGAAGGAUUGGCUGAGAUGGGAAGGGAGGGGACACUAAAAUAAGCGAAGUUGUUUCAAAAUAUUUCCCGCUUGAGUACAAAGUCGAAUGAGAAAGUGAAGAAUAUGAGAACUGGGCUAGUGAAGUCAUCGAUAGAUGUACGAGGUGGUACACUGUGAUUCAACAAAUUUCAAUUCGAUAGAACAUAGUGGGAAAGCUAAGAAUUCUCCGGGAGCAUGGGAGAUCAGAUUUACAGCUAGACUUCUGACUCUUAUCUGGCUACACUACAAGUAGAUUGCUUACGAUCAAACAUCGAGGGAAAUGUCAAUAGGACAAAGGCGUACGUAAGAGAUGAAAAGCUGAUUAGCGACAGAAAUAAAAGCGUGUGCAACAAAAGAGUACUUGUGAUGACGUAAUUCAUUUAUCAUCAGCAUACUUGUCAGCUUGAUUACAGUCUUCUGCACUUGAUCUGGUGAUCCACGUAGUCCCUUACAACUAGGAGCUUCAGAACUUGUUAUGUUGUUUGAUCUACUCUGUCUGGACCGAAGUAGGAGACGACUGAACAUGGGGUAAAACCAACGCUGCAUGAAAUAAUCCGAAUUUGCAGGAUCAAGUUGCCUGGCUAUGCUCCACAAGGAUUCCAAGAAUGCAACAAUUUUUGGAUCAAGUUCAAAAAAUUCGAAAGGUGAUUUCCCUGAACCUAGUGUAGCAUCAGAAUCAUAAAUUAACAUUUUCCACACUGCACGAAGAAUAUGCGUGACACUUCGCCUUAAAGGGGCACUCCGGCUUCAUUUUCGACGCCGAGUUUUCGAUGCCAAGACGAAGGUAGGUGAAAGAGAAGACCCCUCGAACAAGAACGAGUCUCCAGAAGCGAUCGAGUCGAGCAGGAAGACGACUUUUGAAUUUCGGCCGAGCGAGCGCUGAUGACGUAAUGAGGGAUUAGCUUGCCAGUGGAAAUGCAUCUGCGCACAUACAUUUCACCCACUUUUUUGCCAAUUUUCAAUCGAAGAAGAGGUUGUUUGCUAUGUUCUCCCAACGCCGUGAGCGAUCCCGUCUUCUAUACCCUUCCAGGUACCCUGAAGGUCCUCCAGAGGAGAAUUUAUCUCCAUCAAAGCGUUGUUGAUCCGCUAAAUUCGUCUCGAGACAUAUUCACCCAGUGCAGUGCUGAUAAAUGUAGAAUGUUGAAUCUGUGAUAAUUGUCGACGAUGGAGAGAGAGGCUGAUAGCCGCUGUCGCAGGGAGAGUGAAGCUGCUGGAAGUAACAACAGGGAGCCCGUUUGUAUCACCUGAACAACCAGACUUCAAAGCAGCUUGACCAAAUCGGAGGGUGCCUCGUUGCUUAUCGUGAAUAUUACACCGACAUGAACUUACUACAAGUAUACUGGUUUGUCCAAUAUGUAUUGACCGUAUUGGGUAUGGUACCUGCUCUGAGAAGGGAAUCGCUGGAGCCACAGUCCAACUAUACAGGCUUUCAAGAAACAGAGAGGAGCCAUCUUUGCAAGCUGAUACCUGAUGUGUACCGACAGAAUUCUCACAAGAUAGCUUACAGACUACGCCUGGUGUAUACUUCAUAGUACUCCUUCGACUACUGUCUAGAAUCAAGUCGACUGAAGCAAGUUCAAACAUCUCUGGCUUCAAACGAGCCGUCGAUUAGACAAAAAAAACAUUCUCUCAUAUACUAGAGCACUCUGACAACUCACGACCUAUUCCUAACGAUUGCCACCGCUUAUAAAUAUGUAGAGUACUGAUUGGAAUGUGCUCACAAUCUCAACAAUCCAGUGCUAUAAUUAUUUGAACUAUGUGUUCCUUCCAUAAAUGUUGUAUCCACAUAUAAUCCACAGUGCUGCAAAGUUUCAGAGUUCUCAGGGUAUCAAACAAAAUUAUUUCAAAUACAGUGAAAUAGUUCGUGGACAUUAUAGCGUAACUUGUAGUUCCCUGGUCCUUUUCUUUGCUAUAAAUUAAUCCUUUGCUCUCUA